GACUUACUCACCGACCGGCAGCCCCUGGAAUAUCAACUUAGGGGCGCCUAUUCUGUCGUAAAGUACCUCCGUAGAUGGUACGAACGACACAAAAAUAAACCAAAGCAUGAAAGAGUGCUCUACCUGCCACCGCGUGCUUACCUCCAGUACGCUUGCCCUACUCUCAUCUGCAAACUGGAGGAGGUUCUGCGCGCAUUUGCGAACCGGGUGAGCUCGGAUGCCAAAAGUCCGCAGCAAACUGGCUGUCGCCAUGGCGCCGGCGACGACUGUCAGUGUAUGGUCUCCCCGGACUGCUCCUUCGCGUCUACCAGUUCCCCAGUGUAG